AGGGUAAAGGCUAUCAUUCUUUCGAUUGUGAAUACACACAGCCAUCUUGGAUCUAACGUAGAGAAGGGAAAUUGAUGCGGUGACAUAAGGCAUGUUUGGUGCUAGAAAGAAAUUUGUCGAGUUCGUUGAGGUAGUCGAUAAUGACUUCUCGGACGAAAGCAUGUACUACAGCCAGCAGUCGAUGUUCCCACAUCGGUCGGACAAAGAUAUGCUGUCGUCUCCCUCGCCAUCGUCGUCGGGUCAGCUGUCGCAGCUUGGUGCGAGUUUGUACGGUCCACAAAGUGCACUCGGCUUCUCAGUAAGAGGCAUGGGGAAUAGUACGCCUCAGUUAAACCGAAAUCUAACGCAAGGCUCGCAGUUACCAAGUCAUAUCACCCCCACGACGGGGGUCCCUACCAUGUCCCUCCAUACCCCUCCAUCACCAAGCAGGGGGUCGUUGCCAAUGAACACGAGAAACAUGCUAAACCACUCUCAGGUCGGUCAAAGUAUUGGGAUGAGCGGCAGGACCAAUAGUAUGAGCAGCUCCGGGCUGGGCAGUCCGAACCGAAGCUCGCCAAGUAUCAUCUGUAUGCCCAAACAGCAGCCAGCGCGCCAGCCCUUCACCAUAAACAGCAUGUCGGGGUUUGGUAUGAAUCGAAAUCAGGCUUUUGGGAUGCCCAACUCGUUAUCGAGCAGCAUCUUCAAUGGCACAGAUGGGAGUGAAAAUGUAACGGGACUGGAUCUGUCAGACUUCCCUGCGUUAGCAGACAGGAGUCGGAGAGAAGGGACGGGAAACCCAACACCGGUGCUCAACCCACUGGCUGGACGGGCUCCUUAUGUUGGCAUGGUGACAAAGGCUUCAACAGAACAGACGCAGGAUUUCUCCAUCCACAACGAGGACUUCCCUGCACUGCCUGGCCCGAACUAUAAGGACCCCUCGUUGAGCAACGAUGACGCCAAAACUAACUUGAACUCCGUAACCAAGAGCAUAUCGAAUGCAGAUGGACCGAAGUUCCCGGGAGACAAGACGACCUCAGCACAGAACAACAACCAGAAGAAAGGGAUCCAGGUGUUGCCCGAUGGUCGGGUGACGAAUAUUCCCUCAGGAAUGGUGACGGACCAAUUCGGCAUGAUUGGCCUGCUGACGUUUAUCCGGGCGGCAGAGACUGAUCCGGGGAUGGUCCAUCUAGCGCUAGGAAGUGACCUCACGACACUGGGACUCAACUUAAACUCACCAGAAAACUUGUACCCUAAGUUCGCCUCGCCUUGGGCCUCGUCGCCAUGUCGACCUCAAGACAUUG